AUGAGCCGCCAGUUAAAGCGCUUGGAGGGGGAAGGUGACACGUCGGGGAGAUCGGCAAGGAAGCAGGCUCCCAAAGCCGAGGGUCCCCCUGGCAGGCGCGGAGCCCAGCCUGGGCUGAAGGAGCCGGCCCGGGGCAGCCCCAGAACCGGGUCUCCCCGGAGGAAGGCGACGGAACGCCCGGGCCGCCGCGGGGAGCUGCAGGGACAGGAGCGGAGCGCCACAGAGAGGACCAGCGAGGGGGGGAAAAAGAGGGACCGGAGGGCCUCCUUCAAGGAGCAGAGGGCACCCCCACAGAAGGAAAAGGACGCUCCGAGGAAAGAGGAGACGAGGAAGAGGCCGAAGAAACCCAGAUCAUCUUCCUUGGCCUCCAGUAACUCUGGUGGGGAGUCCCUUUCUGAGGAGGAACUGGCCCGCAUCCUGGAGCAGGUGGAAGAAAAAAAGAAGCUCAUCGCCACCAUGAGGAACAAGCCCUGGCCCAUGGCAAAGAAGCUGACGGAGCUCAGGGAGGCCCAAGCCUUUGUGGAGAAAUACGAAGGAGCCUUGGGAAAGGGGAAGGGCAAACGACUCUACGCCUACAGGAUGAUGAUGGCCAAGAAAUGGAUCAAGUUUAAGAGAGACUUUGAUAAUUUCAAGACUCAGUGUAUUCCCUGGGAAAUGAAGAUCAAGGAUAUUGAAAGUCACUUUGGUUCUUCAGUGGCUUCGUAUUUCAUCUUUCUCCGAUGGAUGUACGGAGUUAACCUUGUCCUUUUUGGCUUAAUAUUUGGUCUAGUCAUAAUCCCAGAGGUGCUGAUGGGCAUGCCCUAUGGAAGUAUUCCCAGAAAGACUGUGCCUCGGGCUGAGGAAGAGAAAGCCAUGGACUUUUCUGUCCUUUGGGAUUUUGAGGGUUACAUCAAGUAUUCUGCUCUCUUCUACGGCUACUAUAACAACCAGAGGACCAUUGGGUGGCUGAGGUACAGGCUGCCCAUGGCUUACUUUAUGGUGGGGAUCAGCGUGUUUGGCUACAGCCUGAUGAUUGUCAUUAGAUCGAUGGCCACCAAUACCCAGGGGAGCACAAUCGACGGGGAGAGUGACAAUUUCACAUUCAGCUUCAAGAUGUUCACCAGCUGGGACUACCUGAUUGGGAAUUCAGAAACAGCUGAUAACAAAUAUGCCUCCAUCACCACCAGCUUCAAGGAAUCUAUAGUGGAUGAACAAGAGAGUAACAAAGAAGAAAAUAUCCAUUUGACAAGAUUUCUUCGUGUCCUGGCCAACUUCCUCAUCAUCUGCUGUUUGUGUGGAAGUGGGUACCUCAUUUACUUUGUGGUGAAACGAUCCCAGGAAUUCUCCAAAAUGCAGAAUGUCAGCUGGUAUGAAAGGAAUGAGGUAGAGAUUGUAAUGUCCUUGCUUGGGAUGUUUUGUCCCCCUCUGUUUGAAACCAUUGCUGCCCUGGAGAAUUACCACCCACGCAUUGGACUGAAGUGGCAGCUGGGACGCAUCUUUGCCCUCUUCCUGGGAAACCUCUACACAUUUCUCUUGGCCCUGAUGGAUGACGUCCACCUCAAGCUUUCUAAUGAAGAGACAAUAAAGAACAUCACUCACUGGACUCUGUUUAACUACUACAACUCCUCGGGUUGGAAUGACAGUGUCCCCCGGCCACCCCUGCACCCUGCAGAUGUGCCCCGGGGUUCUUGCUGGGAGACAGCUGUGGGCAUUGAAUUCAUGAGGCUGACAGUGUCCGACAUGCUGGUAACAUACAUCACCAUCCUGCUGGGGGACUUCCUACGGGCUUGUUUUGUCCGGUUUAUGAAUUACUGCUGGUGCUGGGAUCUGGAGGCUGGAUUUCCCUCAUAUGCUGAGUUUGAUAUUAGUGGAAAUGUACUGGGUUUGAUCUUCAACCAAGGAAUGAUCUGGAUGGGCUCCUUCUAUGCACCGGGACUGGUGGGCAUUAAUGUCCUGCGGCUGCUGACCUCCAUGUACUUCCAGUGCUGGGCAGUGAUGAGCAGCAAUGUCCCCCAUGAACGUGUGUUCAAAGCCUCCCGAUCCAACAACUUCUACAUGGGCCUGCUGCUGCUGGUGCUCUUCCUCAGCCUCCUGCCCGUGGCCUACACCAUCAUGUCCCUCCCACCCUCCUUUGACUGCGGCCCAUUCAGUGGGAAAAACAGAAUGUAUGACGUCCUCCAAGAGACCAUUGAAAAUGAUUUCCCGACCUUCCUGGGCAAGAUCUUUGCUUUCCUCGCCAAUCCAGGACUGAUCAUUCCAGCCAUCUUGCUGAUGUUCCUGGCUAUCUACUACCUAAACUCAGUUUCCAAAAGCCUUUCCCGAGCUAAUGCCCAGCUGAGGAAGAAAAUUCAAGCGCUCCGUGAAGUUGAGAAGAGCCACAAAUCGGUCAAAGGCAGAGCCAUAGCCAGAGAUUCAGAGGACAUGCCUAAAAGCAACUCCAAAAAUGCCACCCAGCUGCAGUUCACCAAGGAAGAGCCCAACCCUCACUCUACCAGCCAAAGCCAAACCCUGGACAAGAAGGCGCAGGACCCUGUGACCUCCAGUUCCACCAGCAGUACCCUGCUCUCUGGCCCCCGACACCUCCCUGGAUCUCGGCCCCCAGGAGUCAGACCAGAUUCUGGUCAAGCGCAGUCUCACACUCAUCCCUGGAGGUCAACCUCUGGAAAGAGUGCUCAGAGGCCUCCCCACUGACAGCUGGGACUCAUGGGAGCCUGCUUCUGGGACUGAUUCUUGAAUCCCCUGCCCCGCCUUUCACACCUACCCAAGCUGGCUUCUCUCUUCGGCUCUCCUCUCACACAAACAUGCAUUUUUCUCACCUCUCUUUUAACACGGGAACUUUGAUUACUUAGUCUCAAACCCUUGUGGGCUACCAAAAAUGAAGGACGAUGGCUUCCUCUGCAUUUAGGGGAGCAGGAGCCUUCCCUACACUAACUUCCCUUUCCAAUAUCUUGGUUACAGCAGCCCUGGGCCUCAUACUCCAGCGAUUUUCCUUGACUCCAGGCUUGGGGACAAAGUGGGUGAGGCAGUGACCUCCCUUAUAGACUUUUUCUAUGGUGCAAAUGUUGGGACCUAGGUUACUUCAAAUCCAUUAAAACAAAGGAGGAUGCGAAGGGGCCUUCAUUUCUGAUCAUCACCUCUCUCUGAGGGAUGGAGAAGCAAAUGAAAAUAAAGGUAAAUGAACCAAAGUCCAGUGAUAUGAGCAGGGAGAUUGGUGACACCCCAGCACAUAGCCUGGGAAAGGUGAUGCCAACUAAGCACCAAAGAAUGCAUUGGAACCUCUUAUCAGCAAGGCAAAGGAGCAAGGGAGUAAGUAACACAGUCCUUCUGAUCUAAUUGAAAGAAAUGUAAAGAUUGCUUAAGACAGAAAAGUCUUCUUCAUACACCAAAUUCUAAAAGGAAUUUGAAAACCUGCUUACUAUAUAAGGAAUCUUGGAGAUGGCUUCUUUGAAGAGUUUUACAAAGGGUACAAUGCAGAGCCUUGUUUCUGGGGAUAUGUCUGCUUCAUGUCGUAUCGUGGUUCUGUGCAUAAUGUGUCCUAGUAGGCAUAAGUCAGAGAGUUUAGACCAAUAAGAGGGCUUUGCCAACAGAGGCAAAGGCUUAGUAGGGUAGAAGUCACAGGCGAGGACUCUCCAACAGCCCUGGGUAUCUUACAGACAGGUCUUUCCCUUUCCUUUACUCUGUGAGCAGUGUGGCUUCAGGACCAAGGGGACAUUUCACCCUGUCUCUCCAAGUACUCUAAAGGGAGUCAUCUCCCUCAGUCAGCCAACCCCACUGUUAUAGCCACAACCCAAACAGGACCUCUAGGGCUUUCAGAGUAAUCCCCUACACCCUAGAUAUCAGGCAAAGUCUUGGUAAAAAGGGGAUCUUAGAGAGAUUUCAUAAGCUAAACAAUUAAAAUAAUCUCCAAUUUCCCUCCCGAUUCUUUUCCUUUCCCAAUUUAGAGCCCAAACUUCAUACACAACCUGUGAUGGAGUGGAAAUGGGACCAAGUGACCAAGAGAAACACAAUAAAUUAUUACACCUCUGCCCAUCUCCAGGCAAAGGAAGUAUUGUGAUGCCUCAUUUCCAUGGAAACCACAGCCAGCCCCCAACUGCCUGUGUCAUGUGCUUUCUUUUGAGGAAAAAAACAUCCUGGCCAUGAGCUUAUCUUCUUGAGACCUCACACAGGAAUCCAGGCAGUCUAGCCCAAGUAGUCAACACUGGUCAGCCCACAGAUAGCCAUCACACUAACCCCACCCCCGUUAUCCUGUUUGGGGAUAAAGCCAGCCCCUGGGGAAGGGAAUGAGAGGUGUACCUUCUUGAACCA